AUGCCUAGCAAAACGAGAACCUACAACUGGUUCAUUGCCAUGGUGGCAGCGUCUUGUAUGACGCUCUACGGCUUUGAUUCCAGUGUCUUCAACGCCCUUCAAGCCUCGCAAAACUGGCUUGACUGGUUCAAUCUUGACCUUAAGAAAGAUAGUUACACAGUCGGUCUGAUCAACACAUGCUACACGAUUGGUGCCAUCGUCAGUGGCUUCUUCAUCGGUGGCCCCCUGGCUGAUUGGCUUGGUCGACGUGCUGGUAUGGGUAUUGGUUGCUUCAUCACCAUCAUCGCCGCCAUCGUUCAGGCUUUCGCUCCCAAGGGAAAGCUUGGAGUUUUUAUUCUUGGCCGCGUUCUCAUUGGUAUUGGCCAGGGUACCGCUCUCACUGCUGGUCCUGUCUACAUCGGCGAAGUCACACCCGCUGAGAUCCGAGGUCAGGUCAUGGCCUUCUGGCAACUCUUCUACUCGGUCGGUGCCUUCAUCGCCUACUGGAUCAACUACGCUUGCGGCAAGAACCGAGAGAAGCUCGGCGAGUGGGAUUGGCGCAUGGUUGUCAUCUUCCAGGUCCUCGUUCCUAUCAUCGUCAUUAUUCUGCUCCCAUUCCAACCUGAGUCCCCUCGGUUCCUCAUCAAGAAGGGCAGAAUCGAUGCUGCCCGAGCCGCCCUUCGUCGGAUCCGAGAUACAGAGGAAGAGGUUGAAGAAGAGGUCUUGGGUAUUCAAGCCGCUAUCGAGUACGAGAAGGAGGCCAUCAGCCCCGGAUAUAGCGCGCUCUUCAAAGACCCUUCUAUCAGAAAGCGAUUCGGCAUUGCUAUUGUUCUCAACGUUGGUCAACAGCUCACCGGCCAGGGCACCCUCAACACCUACUCUACUUCCAUCUACAAGGAGGUCUGGACCUCAACUGAGAAGAUCAACCUCAUCAACGCUCUGUGGGCUACCAUGGGUAUCCUAUUCACCCUCAACGCUGUUUGGACUGCCGAUCGCUUUGGCCGUCGCUGGCUCUUCAUGGUCGGUGCUGUCGGUAUGGCUGUUUGCAUGUUGAUCGUGCCCAUUAUUGGUCUUGCCACUCCCAACCCCAAGACCGAGCCCACCGCUAUCGGCAUCGUCGUCAUGCUCUAUCUCUUCAUCUUCUUCUACAAGCCUUCAUGGGGUGCUGGUGUCUGGAUGUGGACUAGUGAAGUCUUCUCCGCCAAUGUCCGAACCCAAGCUGUUGGUAUGGCUUCUCAGUGCCAGAAUGUGGCCAACACCAUCUUCCAGCAGUUCUUCCCUACCUUCCUUGCCAAGACCGGACUCAAGUGUCUCUUCUUCUUCUUUGGUGUCAACGUCUUGCUUUGCAUUUUUGUCUUCUUCUGUGUCCCUGAGACUAAGGGUAUCGCGCUUGAGCACAUGGACACUGUCUUUGGCGGAGCCGACCACAGCGAGAAGGGAGCCCAGAUGCUCGGCAUUGACAUAGCUCAGCCUCACGCCCAAGAGUUGAAGGAUGGGGCCGAGGUUCAGCAAAACGAGAAGCGCGAGUCCGUCUAA